AUGAAAACAGCCGUAUUAUUAGUAUGCUUCACUGGUAUGGUCUGCGCAAGUAUUGAAGUAUUGCUAAACACAAAUUUAGUUUGGAAAAUUGUUUUAAGAAAAUCACAGCGAAAAUGUGAAAUGGGAUUGUUUUACUAUCGCUUUGCACUAGAUUUAUGUUUUGGCUUGGCACUGUUGUCCUACAUAAGCUUUAUCCUAAUAUUCUCGGAGAAAUCCGAAUUCAUGAUUGAGCACCGAAAUUUACUUACUUAUCUGGGUCUUUUUUGGUCGAACACCGCAUCUUGCCGUUCUAUACUCGCACUUGCAAUUGCUGCAGAACGAGCGACUGCGGUUUGCUUGCCAAUACUGUACAGGACUGUUAAUCUGAAAAUUCCGAAUCUUUUGAUCCUUCUUGUUGCCAUAGCAUACGGUCUUUUCGAGGAUGUUGUUCUAUUUAAGUUUUGUGAAUUCAAUGUGAACUCAAUUCCUGAUACAUGUAAGCAGUUUGGAUGUGCAAUUAACAAAUGCUUCUUCAGCUAUUUUAUGCUCCAUCGAUGUAUUGUAUUUUCCAUCAACAUUUGUGUUUCUAUAGUUCUAUCCGUCAAAUUACUCUUCUGGAAUCGGAAACAAUCACAUCAACACAAAAACAAUAAUAAUAAUAAACUUUCAAAGGCGAAUCGUCUUGCAUUACUAGACACCUGUACAGUCUUCCUAUUCGACUUCAUUCCAGUUCUCUGUGGCAACAUGUGGCCUCAAUAUUUCUCAGGUGAAAAUCUCGGUCCCUUCACCGUCGUAAUGAAAGUCACAGGAUGUGCCAUUGAAUCAAUUGUUGUCUCAUGUCUCUUGAAAUUUGGAAAACAUGGAAAGCCAAAAAGUCACAGCUUGAUUGCGGUUACACAAUCUAAAAGUUACAAAUAA